GCCGUGCAGUGCGUGUCAAUGGUAAGUACAGCCCUGUCGGCAACACUCCGCAAGAGUUUGCAGAGCUGUUGUGCAGAGGGGCAAGCCGCAUUGCAACGCUGGAAGUUCGGAAAGAGCUCGCCAUCAACGGCUUUGUGCUUCCCAAACAUGACAGACGCAUUAAGGGAGAGUUCCAACAACUGCAUUGGAACAACGAAGGCACAGAAAACAUUGCAGUUUAGAAGUUCAGUUUGAGCCCAGCAAUCCCCAACACUGUGCAGAUUUAUUGAUGCGAGCCAUACCAUACCUCCCCUUCUCCAAGGUCGUGAGCUUCGAAGGGGAAACAUCCGAAUUGGCAAAGGACAGCCUUCCUCAUAAGACGCAAUACAACCAAGCCUUCCACUGGGUAUUGCAAACCAUGGGCUACCAGUCCUUUGCCCCGCAAUCGUCUAAGGAGGGAGAAGGGAAGCCAGACCUCAGGGUCCACAUUGGCGAGGAGAGCUUUGCUAUUGAGGGCAUGAAACAAAACAUCGAAGAGCACCUUCGGCGCUUCAACAUAAUGGCGAACUACAAGAACGCCAAUCACCAGGGUCUCUACAUCAUCGGCAACGACAGCGACAAGAUGCUCAAGACCUUGAAAAACACUGAAGCCGGUAAGGUGCAACUGAUAGGCUUAGUUCCCAACAUCGCCCACACCGCGUACACCGUCCACGUCAAGAGCAAGGGCAUCGAAGGCAUCAACACCUGCAACGUGGAUUGCGAUCUUGUGGCAAGAAGGUUGGUGCUUAAAGACGAUGGCAAACCUGAGCUCCACAUCGCUAGAGCAUUAACCUGUCUCCCAAAGCUGAGACCAGGCAGCCUGCGAAGACAGAGAUGGUCUGGGUGCGAGAGUUGAAGGAGGAGAACGGCGAGUACAAGCUGGUGGGCAACGCCCUGCCAAUCGAGCCUGUGCUGGCGAACAUCGGCUUCCUGAAGGAGGUCAUCAAGGAGAAGAAGCCAAAUCGUGUCCAAUGCGAUGCUGAUGAGACGCGGAUUUUCCACCUCACAGAAGGCACGUGGCAGGAGGAGAAGAAGAUGAGUGCUGCAUUGCGCCCUUCCACGGAAGAGACGCCCUGCGGCUAUCUUGUACCAUAGCAAUAUGGUUUCUUGCACUUUGCACUUCAAGUUUCAAGUUUCACUCAGAACAGCGCGUUUCGAUACACAUUCGCAGGGGUGGUUGGCAGACGAUGCUUUUGCUUGAGCAUGAGCAUGGCAAGAGCAGAACAAUUGAUGUUGUAAGACCAGUCCAACCCCACUCGGAUUGAAGCAGUCAAGUUUCACCCAGCACAGCCAGCACAGAGUUCUGUGAACUCUUGUUCUGCAAGAUGGAUGAAGUGGACUCCGAAUUUUGCACGUCAACAAUACAGAGUUUGCAGACACAGAUACGCUAUGAAGAAGAGGUG